UCGUAAUUUCACUAGCGACUUCGCUGGCUCGGUGACUCGUGCCGUUCGUAAAUAAAGCAAUCGCGUGGCAGCGUUCGCGGCGAAAAGACGCUCUUUGUUCGUAUUUGUCAAUUCUAUCUCUCCUUCUAUCUCUCUUACUCUCUCUCUCUCGUACUGUCACUCUUAGUCAUGCUAUCCCUUUCUCUCUUCCAUCGUCGUAUACCGCUUCCUGGCGCAGUGUCAUUAUAAUAUUGUAUGUGUAUUUAACGAUAUCGUAUCAAACCGAGUACCAUACAAUGUACCAUAUUCCCUCGUGACAUGGAUACUUAAAUAUUAGUUGUGUAAUUAAAAUCAAGAUUAAAGUCGACGGCUCUCGGUAUCGUUGUGGAAAGACAAAAUUUAAGUUAGCCUCCACUUAAGAGUUACGCGAGUGAAUAAAUAGACGUGUUCUGCAUUGUUUCACAUGUGAAUAUUAUCACAAGAGUAUGUUUGUGUGUUGGGUACUAGUGUAAAACUAAAGAAAGUUUCUCUGCGUUAGAGCGAACAAAGAAAGCCGUAUAAGAGAAGCCCCGCAACAUUGUCUUGUAUCGUAUGCGUUAACGUAGAUGCGGACCAAGUGAUGUAAAGGAAACUAACACUGAUAGAGUUGGUAGCGGCAAUUAUAGAGGAAGGUUAUUUGUACGUGGAGAAAUUCCACAUUGGCAUCUGCUGUCCCUUUGAUUAGGAACAAUUAAUCUCAUCGAUCUCUUUAAUCAUUUGGGACCUCGACGACGUCCUCUUUCUUCAUUUGCGUUCUUGCUGUCUCUCUUCGUUCUGUUAACGUGUCGUUGCCUUUUUAUUAUCAAAGCGCGUCUCGCUCACUCACUCCGGCGUCAACUCUUGCUCAACCAAAUGGCAGAUAUUUUUAGGAUAAGAGUACACGAACGUCGCGCAGCAUUGAUGCAUCCGCGAUACCCCUAGUGGUUGCAAGUGGCGGGAUCGCCGCUAUCUCUGGAGGUUACACGAGGCUGUGGACACACAUGCAGUCCGUCAUUAGUGGCGGGGGAGAAUCUUAAUUAAGAAAGUCAAGGAGUAUAUAGAAAGAAAAAAAGUCAAAACGAAAAAGAAAACUUUUCGGCGUUAUCGGGCGACUGAUGGUGAAACUUUUUGAGGCCGGGUAAUAAUGAUAAAUCAUUGUUUCGCGGUGCUUUGGCCGAUAAGAUUAAAAAAAAUCUGACACGUUGCUGAAGACGAUAAAAUUGUAAAUCAUCUCGAGAAAAUUCUUUACUUUUAUCACUAGUUAUUACAGUGUCAAGUUUUUUAACAGACUGUAUCCGUGAAUGUUGUUGCAUCUUACUGGGCGCGAUGAAGUUUCUUUUCUGUCUGGGUUAAAGCUGUCACUUCCUGUUAGCCAACGCAAAAUUGUGAAAGUCGAUAUAUGAGAUUACACGUCUUUGACUUGUCCUUCCGCAUUCCUUUGAUGUAAUAAAAUUUGUAUAAAUAGUGGGGUAAGAUUACAGUUUAAGAAAGAGCGUUAAAAUCUUUAUGUACAGGGGCGCAGUGCAAUUGAAAUUUGGUAUUGUAAAAUUCUUUAUAAUCGGCUCAGAGCUCGUGUAUAAUUUUCUCUGUAAACGUAUCUGUGCGAUCCCGUUCGUGCGAGUGAAAUCCAAUGAAAGGCCGAUAAUGACGGAAAACGAUAGCAAUGUUUAUAUGUAGCGUAAGCGCAGGGGCGGACAUCGGAUUAGUUGUUGGGACUCGAGCUCUCUGAGUGGAGCAUAAAUAGGCUUCAGUGCUCGAACGCUUUAACAUUGUAUACCGAUAAAGAAGAUAAUACAUAUUUCAAAGAACAGGGUGACUGUUGUUAUAUUCGUAUCUAGAAGUUUCCUCGUCACUUAAUGCUGAAAGUCUUUAGUUCACCGCGUUAACCCGAAGUAGGGUCAAGCUAAAGAUUCUUUGUACAGAAUCGAGCAUUGGAUCAGUUAGGCCAGCAACACAGUAGAGAUUAUUGAAUAUGUAAUAUUAUAAAUUAGACUCUUUUCCCCUUAUCCUCCCAGCUUCCUUUUACUCUUCUGUUCCUGUACUUCCUUCAAGGUCAAUUCUUCUUUGACUACUUCCUCUGCCUUCCAUUGACAACCAGUUUUGAUCCACUGGUCAAGACUGUACCGUGCACACUGCUAAAAAGUUAAGAAAAAGAAGUUUAAAAGAAAAACAAGAGAAGAAGGAAGAUGGCUCACGGUCUCGACCAGAGAACGAGCAAAAAGAAGAAUCACGAGAAGGAGCAAAUCGACGAGCCCAUGGAACCUGUACCGCCGCCUGAUGGUGGCUGGGGCUGGUGGGUUGUCUUUGCUUCCUUCAUGAUCCACAUUGUCACUGAUGGCGUGACUUACUCCUUUGGGGUCUUUUACCUUGAAUUUCUUAAUUACUUUGAUGAAGGUAAAGGAACUACGGCAUGGAUCGCUUCUAUACUUGUUGGUAUCACCUUAUGUUCCGGACCAAUAUCCAGCUCUUUUGUAAAUAAAUAUGGAUGUCGUCCAGUCACUAUAGCUGGAGCUAUCUUAGCAAGCUUUUGUCUAUUUAUCAGUGUCUGGGCACAGAGUGUAUUAAUGCUAUGCUUCUCAAUCGGUAUCGGUACUGGCUUGGGAUUCGGUCUCAUCUACCUACCAGCCAUUGUCAGUGUGACUUGUUACUUUGAGAAAUACCGAUCCUUGGCAACAGGAAUAGCAGUAUGUGGUUCAGGAUUGGGAACUUUUAUCUUUGCACCGCUUUCUGAGUAUCUAAUAGUGACUUAUGGCUGGCGUGGUGCUAUGAUGAUCAUUUCUGCGAUUGUCUUGAACUGUGCCAUUUUUGGAGCACUCUUCAGGCCCCUGGAGCCAGUUAAACCUAAGAAUAUUGCCAUGAAGGAAUUACCCUUGAUAAAAGAAGAGUUUGUCAAGGUCAGUCAGCCAUUGGAAUUGGUUAAAGAAAUAAUGGAGAGGCCACAAAGUACUGGGAAUGUGAAUCAUGCCAAGUACCUUCCGGUUAACACGCAAGACCACGUGUCUAAUAACAUGAGAGUUGCUCUGAGUCAGCCCGUUCUCUAUACGAGGACUUCUAUUGGUCACCAGAUGUCAGAGUCCAUGGCAAGGUCCUUUGGAAGUGGGAUAAUGAGCAGACCUGAUGUUUUCUAUCAAGGGAGUGUCGAAAACCUACGCAAGAGAUCGGCCUCUUUAGCAAAUAGCGAAGAGAAUGUUCGUAUUCAUUACUCCUCAAGGAGUCUACCGAAUGGACCUGUGAAACAGGAUAACUUUGAGUGUCUUCCUUAUGCUGAAGAAACACUCGAUAUACUUCAUGAGAUGUUGGAACUCUCACUUUUAAAAGAUCCUGUAUUUAUACUCUUUACACUAUCCAACUUCUGCACUAGUAUCGGCUUCAAUAUACCCUAUGUUUACCUGGUGGCACAAGCACAACAAAGGCAUAUACCAACAAACGAAGCAAGCUAUCUUCUUGCUGUUAUUGGUAUUGCGAAUACUGUAGGACGUAUUGUUCUUGGUUACCUUUCUGAUAAACCCUGGAUCAAUCGACUUCUGGUUUAUAAUUGUUGUCUCACCAUCUGUGGACUGGCUACUGCUCUUAGCAUAUUCUGCACGACUUUUACUGCGUUUGCAUUUUACUCCACGGUAUAUGGUUUCACCGCGGGUGCCUACGUGGGACUCACUUCAGUUAUUCUAGUCGAUCUCCUAGGAUUAGAUCGUCUUACUAAUGCCUUUGGACUCCUUUUAUUAUUCCAAGGUAUUGCUUCUCUCCUAGGACCACCCAUUGCCGGAUGGCUGUACGACGGUCUCAAAUCGUACGAUCCAGGAUUUUAUGUAGCCGGCUCUAUGAUAGCUAUAAGCGGUCUUAUGCUGUUUUUUAUACCAAUGAUACAAAGGAGGGUACGGCAGAAGGAGGAAAGACUAAAGAAAAUAAAUAUUAUACUGUAGUCUGAAUUAAGUCAGUAUAUAUAUUUUAAUAAAGAAAAUUUUUAUUUCUCGUU